AUGGGGAAGAAGCCCAAUAACAACAUUGUCGCUAAAAAAGGCAAGUUGCGCAAGGUCCAGAAGCGACCGGCGGCUACAAAGUCAUCUUCGUGGAAGUCCGUCAAGUACGUGCGCGGCAACGUCACUGUGGGAUCUCGGGGUCAACGCAAAGAUCAAGUCAAAUGGAAACGCACCUUGCCUCAGCUUCUGAAGGCCAACGACCAUGACAUCAUCAAAAUGCUGCUGGCGGACAAGCUUCUGAUGGAUCUUUCCGGAAAGUUGUGCCCCAGAUGUUCAAGUGGAACCUUGUCCAAGCUCCAUACAGGUGGCCCUCAUCACUUGAAGCAUCGUUGCAACAACUACAAGUGCACAGCCGCCAUCACACCCUAUCAUCUUCACCCGCUCUUCUCGGAAUGCAUGGGCCCGCAGAAACAGAGUCUGCAGAUGCAGUCAGCCAUGCUCCUCCUAAAUCUUCACAAGGUGCCACAGUCUACAAUCCAUCUUGUGUUGGACAUCAACCACAAAGCCAUCGAAGACAUGGAAGCUGGUGCUUGCUUAGAGAAGAAGCUUUGUAGAUUGCGCAAAGACUUCGUCGAGAAGGAGGAGAAAAAGAUUGUUUUCGGGAACAAACGCACUUGGGUUGAUGUUGAAGCCGACGAGGCUACUUUUGACAAGCGCGACAUUUCAAAGGACCCUGAUCUCAAGCACCUGAUCUCCAAGCCGAACAACACCACUCUAUGGGAGCAAUGGGCUGGAAUCGUACAGCGCGGCCAGCCUCGCACACUCAUCCUCCGCAAGCUGAACCCCAAGCUCACACCCACGAGAGCACCGGGCCCAGGAGCAAUCCGGAAGAUCGAGUGGAAGAGCCUCGCUCAAGAGAAACUUCGCGACCGCAAAGUUGUUCUCCAUACCGAUUCGGCAAAAAGCUAUAAGGCGAAGGUUGACGGGGUGAUCCAUGACAGAGUCGUUCACUGCAAGAAGCGCGUCAAAAUCAACGGCAAGUACCAGUGGACAAGCCCGAAGUAUGUCACCAUGGUAACCCACAAAGUGCCAGGCAGCAACAAGAAAUUGAAGGUCAAAUCAGGCACUCAAAUCAUUGACCGAGCCUGGAGGUUUUUGAAGGACCGCAUCGCCAUCAACCAAAAUGUCAAGGCAGGUUCCAGUCUCUUGCGCGCGAAACUGCGGUCAGCACAAUACGACUACUGGUUUAAGAAUUCCGAUCUUUGGCUGGCGAGCGGCGAGCUUUGUACAGAGGCCCUCAAAAAAUGUUAUGUGUAA